UAAGAGUUUAGGCUAAAUAGUAAAUCGAGUAAAUGGUACUGUUUAUCCAUAUGUUGUCUUCAACUAAACUCAGUUGCAGAUCAGACGAGCGCGUUGUAAGUCGGUGAAAUAAUAAAAAAAUAUCUGAUCGUAAACAUAUUUUGAUUAUCAUUAUUAAAUUUAUAUUUCUGUAAUAAAAAAAAUUAUAUUAAUGGAUAAAGUGAAGUGUUAUAUCAAACUAAAAUAGAGAAAGAAAGACAAAAUUAAGUUAAUUAAGUUAUUAUAUUUAUGACCUUUUAAGUCAUCAUGUUGAUGGAAUCUCAAUAAAUUAAAUUAUACAUUAUGCAAUUGACUGUUGUAAAUUACUCAAUAGAAGAUUUGUUCAACAGUAAAGUGCUGAAAAGUGUUGAAUGAGAAAAUAAAAAAAAAAUCAUUACACAAAGAAUUAAAUUCCUUGUCACAUUGUGGUAUUGUGUAAUGUCAAUAAGUGUGCCAUUAAAAACAUGAAAUUUUCCUUUCUACUACUUUCUGUGCUUAUUAUAUCAACAACAACAACAUUCUCACAAGAAAUAUUUGAGCUUACAACCGGACUUGAUGAUCCACGAUUGAGAUUUUUCUUUCAUGGAUUUCGGGAUUUUGUUUUUAAUACGAUUGGAAAGACAAGCUAUAAAACCAAAGGAGUAUUUUUGCAGGAAAAGUUUAGGAAAAAUGCAAAAUUUCCAUGUGAUGUUGAGCUUGGUAAAAGCCGGGAACCACCAAAAAGUGUUCAUAAGUUGAGACCUGGGGAUAUUUCAGUGAUCGGUGCUCUUGGAGAUUCUCUGACAUGUUCAACAGGUGCAAUGGCAGAAAGAAUAACGGAAUUGUCGAUGGAAAAUCGAGGAUUGUCUUGGAGUAUUGGCGGUCAAUGGAAUUGGAGAAAUGCAACAACACUUCCAAAUAUUUUGAAAGUAUUCAAUCCAUCGCUCGUGGGUUAUUCACUUGAUGAUUCAUUUCCAUUUCACAAGGCUUCCCAAUUUAAUCUUGCCGAAAUUGGUGCUGUUUCAACGGAUAUGCCCUUUAUGGCACGUGCUCUAGUGAAACGAAUCAAGAAUGAUAAACGUGUUAAUUUUAAGUAUGAUUGGAAGAUUGUUACAAUUUCAAUUGGAGGCAACGAUAUAUGCAGCUUUUUAUGUCUUAUGAAGAAUCCUGAGAGAUUACCAGAAAUGCACAGAAUGGCGCUGACAAAAACAUUAAGGUAUUUAAAAAAUAAUUUACCACGUGUUUUUGUUAACAUUGUAUCAGUGCCACAUGUUGAGACUGUUAUAAUGAUUCGAGGAAAGCCACAAUCUUGCAGCUUUAUUCAUCAUGGCGAGUGCGCUUGCUGGGUCGGAUCAUUAUCUAACAGCACGAAAGAGUCACGAGAAAGAUGGAAAAAAAUUCAACGUCAGUUCAUCAGUGUCGAAGAAGAAGUAGCAAAGUUAGAUGAGUUUCGACGCCUCGAUGAGUUCGCUGUCAUGUAUCAGCCCUUUACGAAAAAUGUUUCUCUUAUUGUGGAUGGAAAGCGUGAUUUAUCAUUAUUAUCAUUCGACUGUUUCCACUUAUCACAAAAAGGUCAUGCAUGGGCUGGAACAACUCUAUGGAAUAACAUGUUAGAGCCAGAUAAUAAAAAGACUUUAAAUUGGGCGAGUCCUCAAAGGAAACUCAAUUGUCCCUCAAAGGAGCAUCCUUAUAUUAAAACGUAUGAUAAUAGUUAAUUAUUAGCAAUAGGAUAAAGAAAACUUAUUCUGUGAAUGUACCGUAAAAUAAUGGUAUUAUACUAUUAAUAACAUUUAAGAAGAUUUUGUGAUUACUGAGAGAAUGCUUUGCACUUAAAGGCUUUCCUUCUCUUCCUUUAAGUUCGGUUGUAUGAUUUUAUUUUACAAAAACAAAAGACAUUUUAAAAUCUGUGGUAUUUCUCUCCUAUUAUUAUUAGUAGUAAGAUUUUGUAAAGAAAAGAAAAGAAUCUUUGAAAGCUUUGUCCUAGGAAUAAAUCUUUAAAUUUCUAGUUCUUGUAAGGUUGUAUAUGAAUAAAAAUA